UGCACUACAAAUAAGACAUGUGCAUAGGAAUUUGUUUUUGUUUUUUUCUUCCAAAUGAUAAUUCGGCCCCUCAACCAUCUGAGGGACCAUGAAUCGGCCCUCCACUUAAAAAGUUUGAGGACCCCUGACCUACACCAAGGUAGUGUUCCAGAAGGGGGAGAUAUAGGGUGUAGCUUGCGCCUAUGGGAAGAGAUGACACCAUCUACCUGUUGAUUCUUCCCCAGUACCUGUAAACUUAGGGAGGACCUCUGGUGGGUUCUCCUUGUGUGCAAUACUCUCUGGAAAGCAUUGUGGGGAGUUAUCCAGUGUUUUCCUUUCAGAGAGGUGUUUUCUUCUCUCUUCUACUAUGCUCCCCACCCCCUUUGCAUUCUUUACUACUAUCGUCCCUUGCAUCAGGAAACGGUUGUGGGAGGAAAUGGCUUGCAGAGCAUGUGGGGAACUCAAGUCACAGCAGCAGCAACAAGGGCAUAUUCAUGGGUGCAAGGUAUUGCUCGGCUCAGAGGUGAUAUCACGCCCAGGCCUUGGCAGGUGGCAUGAAAUAAAGGGUCUGGCAACGGUAGCGUCUACAAGUACAAUUUUGAAGGGGAAGAUGUCAGACCCCUCUCUUUCAGCAGAGCUUCCCGAGGACAAUGUAAACGAAGCCGUGGCUGGACUACCAGAUGCUUUUGAUUUCUCUUUGCGGGACGAUGCCAGCUCCCUGGGCUCUGACUCUGAGCUGGAUGGGAUGCCUCCCUAUCGCCAGACAGAUCGCUUUGGCUUUAUUGGUGGCAGUAGCCUCCAAAAUGGCCUAGGUCAGGUCUCUGUCGAGAUCAUCCGGCACCGAGAGACCAAAUGGCUGGAGAUGACAGCUCACUGGGAGAAAACCAUGGCCCGGCGCUACAGAAAAGUAAAACUACAGUGCCGAAAGGGGAUCCCUUCAUCUGUACGUGCCCGCUGUUGGCCUUUGUUGUGUGGAGGGCAGGCCAAAAUGGAGAGGAAUCCUGGAAAGUACCAGGAACUGUGUGAAGGACCUGGUGAUCCUCAGUGGGUGGAGACCAUCACAAAGGACAUUCACCGACAAUUUCCUUUUCAUGAGAUGUUCCUCUCCCCUGAGGGGCCUGGGCAGCAAGGGCUUCUGCAGGUGAUGAAGGCCUACACCGUCUAUCGUCCCCAAGAGGGUUACUGUCAGGCCCAAGGGCCACUGGGUGCCCUGCUACUUAUGCACAUGCUGCCAGAGCAAGCUUUCUGGUGUCUGGUGCAGAUCUGUGAGCACUACCUGCCUGGCUACUACAGCCCCAAAAUGGAGGCCUUGCUGCUGGACAGUGAGGUGUUUGUGGCCCUCCUUCGCCGCCUGUGCCCCAAGGCCUGCAAGCAUUUGCAGAAGCAUGGGGUGGACCCCUUCCUCUACCUGCCAGAGUGGUUCCUCUGCCUCUUCUCCCGCACUCUGCCCUUCCCCAUUGUCCUCAGGAUAUGGGAUGCCUUCCUCAGUGAGGGGGUCAAGGUACUGUUUCGUGUGGGACUAUUGUUAAUCCGCUUGGCCCUGGGGUCCUCAGAGAAACUACGUGGAUGUGUAGGAGUAGUAGAGACCCUGGAGAAGCUGCGCAGCAUCCCAGCUCACCUUUUGCAAGAAGAUGCAUUCAUGGCUGAGGUUCAUGAUGUGCCCAUCUCAGAUCGUGAUCUGGAACGUGAAUGUAAAGCCCAACUGGUAAAGCUACGUAAAACUCGACCUGAAUUCCAGUAUAAUCCAAAGCAUCGACUCCCUGGUUCAAAAGCCAUCUUUGAUACCCAUCAGCUGGAGGAGGCAACUAAAGACUCAGAAGUCAACCAAAGCCAGACCCAUACUUUCUAUAUUCCUCAGAUCAAAGUGGACCCUCCUCCUUUAUCUCCCAAGGGACACAAACAGCUGGAGAAGGCCUCUGAACUGCAGGGCCGGAACAAGCAGCAGACUAGGAAGAAGCCAGACACACGUGGAAAGACCUUCCAUGUCACUGGACAGCCAGCUGGCAGGAGAGAAGAAAGGGUGGAUCCAAAGGGGAAAUCUUCUUUCUACUUAGAGACCUGGUUCUGAACUGGGUCAUUGCAGCAGAAUAGGCACUCUUCCCAGCCACUAAGGCUACCUUUUAACAUGUGGGGGGAAUUUGUUCAGAGGGAGCAUGAGAUGCUUGACCUUAGAACUCUUUUCUUGAAAAAGAGAGACAAUAAGGUUCAGUGCCUUGCAUUUUGUAAGCCUUCCUUCUCCUUUAGGUCUAAGGCAGUGGUUGUCAACCUGUGGGCCCCCAGAUGUUUUUGGCCUUCAACUCCCAGAAAUCCUAACAGCUGGUAAACUAGCUGGGAGUUGUAGGCCAAAACACCUAGGGACCCACAGGUUGAGAACCACUGGUGUAUGCAAAUGUAGCCCCCUUAACCCCUGCAGCAGUGGUUCUCGACCUGUGGAUCCCCAUGUGUUGGCCUAUAACUCCCAGGAAUCCCAGCUGUUAGGAUUUCUGGGAAUUGAAGGCCAAAACAUCUGGGGACCCACAGGUUGAGAACCACUGCCCUACAGGUUUCAAAGAAGUCCUCAAACACCAUGUGAAGGACAUUUUCUAGUAUUAACAAACCUUCAGAUCAAGAUAUACAGAACUCAAAACCACGAGCCGAGCAUCCUUAAAGCAUCUCUCCCAAGCAAAAAACAACAACAGCAACAACAACUAAAAUGACCCUUUUGUAGCAUGCACCAUCUGUUUCCUGAGACUGUCACUUCAUUCUCCUUAAUGGUGGGAAUAGUUCUACAGACUUCUUUUACCUUCUGAAUAUGAUUUGGCCAAAAUUGGCGAGAGUCAAGAGGUGGAAGAUGUGAAUUUUAUUCUCAGGCUGUCCAUGUUUCACCAUGUAAUUAAAUGACUGAUAUAUGAGAAUUCUCUUAGUGGGAAAAAACAUACCCUGGGCUUCCUUGGGGGGGUAUAUUUAUCUAUUCUAACUUACAAGUAUCCAGCCUUAGCCGUGAAUAAAGGCUGCUGCAGCGGAGAGUCUGUCCAAACAAAAUCCAAUUUGAAGUGCAUUGUAUUUAACUCAGCAAUAGCCCAGGUCUGAGGGCCUGAUCCCAAGGAAGGAUAGAAACAGAAAUACAAUAGAGUCUCGCUUAUCCAACAUAAAUGGGAUGGCAGAACAUUGGAUAAGCAAAAAUGUUGGAUAAUAAGGAAGGAUUAAGGAAAAGCCUAUUACAUGCCAAAUUACAUUAUGAUUUUACAAAUUAAGCACCAAAACAUCUUUUUCAACAACAAAUUGACAGAAAAAGCAGUCCAAUAAAUGGUAACGUUAUUCAGUAAUUACAAUAGAGUCUCACUUAUCCAACAUAAAUGGGCCAGAUAAGUGAAAAUGUUGGAUAAUAAGGCGGGAUUAAGGAAACACCUAUUAAAAGUCAAAAUACGUUAUGAUUUUACAAAUUAAGCACCAAAACAUCAUGCUUUACAACAAAUUGACAUAAAAAGCAGUUUAAUACACAAUAACGUUAUGUAGCAAUUACUGUAUUUAUGAAUUUAGCACCAAAACAUCACAUUGUAUUGAGAACAUUGACUACAAAUAAAGAUAGAUUUGCAUAAAAUGAACUUAUAGUAACAACAUUGUCAGAAAUUAAACGCAUAAAAAGUUCAGUCCUUGCUGUCUAGAGAAACAGCUGUGGAUCCGAGUGGGAGGCCGAACUGCAUUGAAUAAUCCAGAACAUUGGAUAAGCGAAUGUUGGAUAAGUGAGACUCUACUGUACAUGCAAUUUUAGUUCACUGAUUUAUAGGCAGACUUGAGGAAUAAACCAACUCCAAAAUCUAUAAUGAGUGGUCAAGGAACUGAGGCACCCAAAAAUAAAAUAAUAAAACAA